AUGCGCGAUUUGCCAAGUUUGAUAAUACAAGUGUUUCAAAUAGCACAAAUUACACCAUCAUUGAGGUAUAUGACUAUAUAUCAUUUAACAAUGCCCUACGAUCAUUAUGAACGUGCAAAUUUAGUGGAUUUAUAUGCAGGGUUGGCCACAACACCGCGACGGAUAUUUAAAGAAUAUUCGAAAUUAAAUGCAAAUUCAUUGAAUAGUGUCGAUGAAAAUUAUAUUAAUCAUAAAUAUGUGAAAUAUUGUCUUCAAUCAUGGAACGAUGGACAAUUACCAUCAAUAUUGAAUGAAAUAAAAGAAAAAAAGGAUAUGGAAAAAUUAAUUGACAAUAUAUCAAACAAUUCAAGUAUGUAUUGAAAUUAUAUCCGGAACCAAAAUGUUUUAAAAAGUUAACGGAAAACAAAGGUUUACUUUUGAAAACAGAUUGUGAUUUUAUUUUGAUACAAUUUAAAGAAAAUAUUAUUAAUUGUUUAAAAGAAAAUAUCGAUGAUACUGAACUUUUAUUAAAUGUAUGUGUUACACACAAUAAAAAUUCAACAAAUGUCCAACAUGUUUGCUAUAUUGACAAUCGAUUUAUUAAGAGAGACUCAUCGAAAAUUCUAGUGGAUGGAAUGGUCGAUAUUAUCAUAUAUAUUUUUUAAUGUUUUUGGAUUCUACGAUCAAAAGCGGAGUUAUGCAAAAAUUUUUGGUCUCUUUGGACUUAAUUUGACCGAGUUAUAGUAUUUACAAAAUGAUCGGUGUCCGAGAAUCUUGAAAAAGCAUCCUCUUUACUAUUUUCGCUAUAACUUCAUCAUUUUUCAUCCGUUCUGUUUGAGCAGCAUCACAUUCAAAAACCUGAUAAAAACUAAAGAAAAUAGUUGAUUUAAUUCUGUUCUACUGUUGAGUUUUCCUAGAAAAAAAUUAGAAGAAUUUUUACCUGACUCAUCAAUGUUAUUAUUUUCAAUUAAUUCAUUCCAAAUUUCUUCAAUUAUUCCAUGAUUUUUUGUUAAUUUAUACAAUUCAUUUUUAUCUAAAAUUGAAUAUACAUGUUUUUAUUUCCAAAAUUUAUGAUCCAAAAAUUGAUUAUAAAUAAUUUCAAUUUAUUUAAUUCAUUUUUUAUUGUUGUAUUUUUAUCUUGAUUUAUUAUUUCAAUUAAUUUUGUUAAUUCACGUUCAUUUUCUUGUCGUUUCCAAAUAAAACAUAAAUUUAGCAAAUAAAUAAUAAAGGACGAGUGGCAUUAAGGCAUGUUUUCGGCCCAGAAAACUACGACCUAAGACACACAUAUUCGGAAUCAGCGUUAAAUUCUGAGUGGGAUAGCGUCUAAGAAUCGUUUAAAGUCUCAAAAAAACACUUUCGAAAAAUAUUGCCCUUGAGGUAAUAUAGGGC